AUGGAAGCAGUCGUCCGCAUGCACCACACUCUCCAGCGCGACUUCGGUUGGCAAGACUGGCGUCUCAAUCUUCGUGCUGGACCGGAGUGCAUCGGCAUUCUUGGUCAGUGUCUACUCAUCACCUCUAGAUCAGAUUUGAUAGGCAUAAAGCUUAGUGGGCCUGGUCUCGAGUAUGAGACGCUUUUUGCCAACAUCAGUGACUGUGCCGAAUUUGGAAUGGAGACAUUCAGAAAGACUGGAGAGAAGAUGACUCGUAUAGCCUCUUUGUCGAACGAACUCGCCAACAGCGAUGGGAUCAUUGAAAAGAUGCUAAAGUUCUGUAAUUCCAACCAAGAUGCCCGGAGAGACAGGCAUCUCCGAAGGUAUAUACUGCUGGGCCGGAAGUCAGUUGAUGAGUGUGUUGUGGCUAUCAACGAGAUCAAAGAAGCCUUCGACAAAUGGUCUAAAAAGACAAGCGACCUCUUUAAGGCUCUAGAGGAGGCAGUUGGGAACAAAAAAAGCGAAGCUGAACAGGUGAAGAAUGAGAUUGUAAAGAGUGAGAAAGAAAAGAAACAAAAGGAAGAGACAAGAGAAGCCGAAGAGAAGAGGCUUCAGGCGCACUACAAAGCUAUGGAAAUUGUUCGCGAGAAGAAGGAGUGGUAUGAGGAUCAGGCAGCGAAGCUUGUUAGCGCUGCGAGGGUGGCAGAAGGUGGGUUAGCCGCAGCUGUGGCUUCAGUGUCUGCAGUUGCGAUUUCGGGCAAUGGUUUGGUGCUAGGAGUGGCAGCAGCAUCUAUUCACUAUUUGACCUUGAAAGGAGACCUCUCGAGGAUGGAAGAGGACCAAGCAAGGAGAGAGAUGGAGAUCAAGGGGCUCAUGGCUAAGGCUGUAGAGUUACAAGCAGCCCUACAGAAGCUAUCUUCAGAGAAGAGCUCUAUCGCCGAAGUCAUGGAGAUUGUCAGGACCUCCGUGUACCACUUGACCGCGCUCCAGGCCCAAAUCAAUAGUUUCAUGGAUUUCUUGAAACAAAUCUCAACCAUCAUAGAUCUAACAGUGAACAAGAGCAAUUUUGUGUACGACAUAGCCGAGGACACGGAUGGCCUGAUAGAUACAGGUAUUAAGAAAGACUUGCUAGAUAAUGCUUUCGACAUGAGGACAAGAUUCCACUUCGUUGCAAGAGCAUCUGAAAUUUACAAGACUAUUUCUGCUCAGUACAUCAUCCCAACAAUUGACAAGUUACCCCAACUUCGUCUUGUCGACGACGGGACGGAUGAAGAGAUUAACAGCCGACUUGCGGCGCUUAACACCCUGAGGGUUGAAAUCUGUCUUGGAGCAGAAGAAAAGACAGCUAAGGUAUAUGCACACGGACCUCAAAAAAGAUCUCCGACUGAUAGCUCAAAUGUCAGUAGUGUCUUUCGAGCCUGUCCAAGUUUCGGAAGGACAGGAUCAUUAAUUUUCCCCAGCCCUGAUUGAACGAUACGAUUGCUCUUGCUCAACCGCUCGCUGGCUGAGAAAUUUCCCAAUUUUCUGGUUUCCGCCUAAUUCAGACUGGAUUUUUUUAGCCUUGGUGAAUUUAUGAUUCGAUGAUCGAUUCUCUUUGCACGUUUCGUUUAUGCCUAGCCUACGAAAUCAGCGUUCUGUAAAUUUCUUUAUCCAUCUCUAUCAACCGUAAGUCUUCCAUCAGCCGUAUAUAAAUUUAUGACUCGCC